UUUCUACUAUUUUUGAACUUGUUCAAGAGGGUUUUUAAAAAAUCUUAAGAAGGUAUUUCACAUUUCAAAAAUGGAUCACAUUUACAGUAUGGUAAACUUCAUUCUCAGUCUAAAAAUUCUAAACGGUACUAUGAUAGAACAAACUCUUGAACUGGAAUGAUACGGUAAGGAAACAAUUCAGGCAGGGCUGAGAGUUGGAGAUUAUUGGCGUUACCGUAAUGAAAAAAAUUCUUAUCACUUUUAUAGCUGUAUUAUUUUAAAGGCUUCAGAAUAUUGAUUGGUUAGUAUUCUCUACGUAAUUCAUAUUAACGAAAGGUGUGUACUAAAAUUGUGAAAGCACUUUCUAUGAAUGAAAACAGAUUUAAUAAUUAACACUUGAAUGAGAUUUUUUCAAAUUGUAACACAAAUCGUCUAAAUUGGAUAGUUAUUAGUGGUUUUUUCAUAAUAAAAUAUGUUUUUCAUUUAUGAAAUAAAAUAAUAGACCGAACUAGCGAAAAUCUUGAUAUAUGAGCAUGUUCAACAAGAACCCAAGGAACGUGCAAGAUGUUUCAAGGAGGCUCAACCAAGUUAUGGGACCAAAAAUCACUGAGGACCAUCAUUCGGCACAUCUACUGCUGGCAAAUACUCCACCAGAUGGAGGCUAUGUUUUGGACAUUGACCGUCACGAUUACGACGCAGACUUGAACAAAGGACCGCACACUCCUGAUGAGCUGCAUGUGGCAUUGAGGCCAGUUCUAGUGCUUGCUCAGUGCUUUGCUCUCAUGCCACUCUAUGGCGUCAGUUCGCCACAUCCAAAACAUCUCAGAUUUCAAUGGUUCAGCAUACGUGUUUUAUAUACAUGUGCCUUGGUUGUGGGUUCAAUUACAAUUGUAAUCCUCUCUAUUAUAAGGACCGUUAACAAUGGCAUCUCAUUUCUUAGCACAGUGGACUUUGUAUUCUUCGGCAGUUCGGCUAUAGUGGCGCUGCUAUUCCUGAAGCUGGCGACUGAAUGGAAGCAGUUGGUUGAUGAGUGGGGUCCAGCCGAACGCAAAAUUAUACGCAUCUAUGGACCACUGAAAAAACUUCCCAAUCAAAUGCGUACGAUGGCUUACACUGUCAUGGCUCUUGCUUUUGCCGAACACGUGACAGCGACGGCGACACACGUGGCGAACGCACUGCCGUGCACAGGUGGCGAAUGGAACUGGCGACUGGCAGAGGCUUACUACCACUUUGCAUUCCGCCAGGUGUUCUCGCAAACCGAAGUGUCGCUGUGGAUCGCCGCGCCCCUCUCGGUUCUCAACCUGCUCGUCACAUGCGCGUGGAACUUCAUGGACCUCUUCAUCAUGGUGCUGUCUGUCGCGCUCGCCGCGCGCUUCAAGCAGAUCAACGACAAACUAGAAUCCGUCAAAGGAAAGGUGAUGCCUCGUUGGUUCUGGCGACAGACGAGAGAAUCGUACAACACGCUGUCUUGCCUCACCAAACGCCUCGACGAGACUCUCUCGCUCAUUGUUCUCCUCUCUUUUGCCAACAAUCUCUACUUCAUUUGUCUGCAGCUACUCAAUAGCCUCAAGCCGUUGAGAAAUCUGUGGCAGGCGAUAUACUUUGUCUUCUCAUUCGGCUACCUGGUGCUGCGAACCGCCACUGUUUCGCUUUUCGCAGCGCACAUCUUCGAUGAGAGCAAGCGUCCUGUCUCGGUGCUAUUCUCUGUACCAUCCGAAUGCUAUUGCACUGAGGUGCAGCGAUUCCUGACUCAAGUGACUUCGGACAACCUUGCACUUACAGGCUGUCGAUUCUUUUCUGUAACGCGCACCCUCAUGUUAACGGUUAGUAUACCAUCAAUUAACAGUAACCAGUAA